GUAGCUCGGUGGGAAUACAGGACCAGAUCUCUGUCGAGGCUGUUCAGCUCUUCUGUCACUGCAUGUUGCUGUCUGGCAGCUGUCAUUUUACUGCUGAACAUGUACAGAAGUCAUAGUUUUGCUGAAGCGAUGAAGAUUCAGCCAAAACUUGAGGCACUUGACAAUGCUGGGGCUUUUUAUGUCGGUCUUGGAUUCCUGCUUCUCGGCACUGUCUUUGUCAUAAGCAGCUUUUUUGCAUUGGGAUUUUUCGGCACAUUUUUAGGAGACUAUUUUGGGAUCUUGAUGGAGGCCAAGGUAACAGCUUUUCCUUUUAAUAUAAUGGAAAACCCGAUGUAUUGGGGGAGCACACUAAACUACUUCGGCUGGGCUCUCAUGCACGCAAGUCCUGCUGGAUUGGUCCUGACGGUUUGGGUGGCUGCAGUCUACAAGAUUGCUAUUAUGAUUGAAGGGCCAUUCACAGAAGAAAUCUAUCGUCAGAAAGAGAAAACUGUGAAGAUCAAGUGAAUGGGUAGUGGACAUUGACAAGAGGACACUUUCUAGACUGCUAUAUUUCCUUCAAUUUGGUAUUCGUCUGUCAUUUGGUAUUGAUUUUUUGUUGCACACUAUUUGAUGCUCCACAAUGUAUGAUCUAAUUUUCAGGGAACAAUAAGCUUUAGUAUCUACCACUACUCUAUACAGAUGUUAACUUGUGUCAUUAUUCAACACACUAUUGAUUGUUUUGAGUAUUGAUCAUGUAAUUAUUUUCCAACUUGUAACUGAAUGAGUCGCAGAAAUGAUGAUGUGGACUUUAAUAUACUUUAGUAGACACCGCCUGCUUCCUGAAAAAAUAGUGAUUGUGUUGCAACUACAGAAGAGAUCGAACCAGCUUUUAGUCUAUCCUGAGACCUACAUGGUCACUGAAUCAAAAAUGCCACAAAAUCAAUAAGAUUGGUCAUUGCAUUUUGUUAUUCCACUGAUAAAUUGAUAAGAUCUUUGCUGGGUGCAAAGGUUAAUGAUCUGCUAUUGAUUCCUCCUGAAGCUUGUGUAACUGAUGGCAAUAUAAAGCAUUGAGGCUACCCUGUUCUUUCCUUGGUUUGGAACAGUUACUUGCCAAUUCCACUAACAGUGCGUCCAUGCUUCAGUUUAACAAAGAUGCUAAAAAAUUGAUGAAAGUUCUGAUGAAAGAUCCAACUCGAAACUUGAAGGAGCCUUUCCCUCUUUGAUGCAGUUUCAACUGCUGACAGUAUCCAGUGUUUUCUGGUUUUAUUUCUUCAUUUCCACUGCAUUCUCCGUUUGUUUUCAAUCAACACAACAUGACGCUUGAAUAUUUUAUGCAGCUGAGCUUUUGAUCUUUAACUUGCAAGUGGAAUCAUUGAAAGUUUACAGCACAGAGGGAUACCAUUGACACCGUUGUGUCUACACCGCUGCAAGCUCCCCUACUGUAGCUGUCUGCUCCUAUCCUUUCCCCCGCUAUUUCUCUAUAACUAUCAAUGAUGUGCUAUUAGGUGAAGCAAACCUGCAGUAUUUUGUUUCAGACUGGUCUAAGAGUAUUGAUAUGGUGUAGGUGAAUGUGGUCUUGUACAUGAGAGCAUAUGCCAAGGUAUAAAUAAUCAAGUUGUGAAAUGCUCGUGAACAACUCUUAUGAAAUUCAGUAGCCAAUUGCACAGACACAAGAGUUAUUGACAUUGUUCAUAGAAAGCUUCCAAUCAACAUUAAAUUAUCAAAUUUGAUAUCACA